AUGCAGAGGAAGGGGCGGGGUGAGCUGAGGGACUCGGGAGCCACCUUCCACAAGCCUGCUCGGGGAGGCCUGCACGAGAAGCGCCGCGGCGAGUCCGACCGCAGGGCCUUGUCAGGGAACGCAGCGGGCGCCUGGAAGCCCUCCAAGGAGGGCAAGUGCGGCGCCAGGAGCAGAGCCGCCACCUCCCCUGAGGCGACCCUGCCCUCCCAGGGGGACCCUGGGAAUCGCGACUCUCUCGGGCGGGGCCUCAACAACACGGUAACGAACAGCAGGGCCACAGACACGUUGAGCAGGGACGAGGGCAUGCGUGUUGAGUUGGCGGAGCCUCACAAGUAUCUGGCUGGAUUCGACCCCCAGCAGCGCAACUCGCUGUGCGUUGCGGCACUGGUCGACACGCAGAGGGGGUGCUGGGCGGCGGCGGGCGGCGUCACGCGGAGGCUUGCUUCCGGGGGCUCCGGCGCGGACCCGUUCUACAACGACCCCGGCCCCAGGGAGGAGCUGCCGCACUCGCUGCGGCCGCGGCCGCAGGCGCCCAGGACGCGGGGCGGGAUCCCGCUGCCGGAGGGCUGGGCGGAGUUCAAGUCGCCGUCGAGAGGCGUCUACUAUGCCCACGCGGCCACUGGCGUCACGCAGUUCCAGGUGCCGACGGGGCAGCCGAGUCAGCAGCAGGUCAGGGAUUCGUUCCUGCAGACGCACGGCGACCGCGUCGCGUCCCUGCGGCCCGGGGCGCGCGUGCAGCUCGGCGGCAUCCAGUCCGCGCCCCAACUCAACGGCGCGACGGGCACGGUCCAGCAGUGGGACAUCGCCGGCGGCCGCGUGCGCGUGCGGCUCGACGCGGGGCAGGUGAAGGAUGUCAAGCUGGCCAACGUGGCGGCGCUGCCCGGGAGCACGCCGGCCGCGCGCGCCUCCACCGCGCAGCGGGCGAGGCGGCAGGCCGGCAGCGCUGCCAGCGGCGCUGCGGCGCCGGGCCCCAGCAGCAGCCGCCUGGGGGCGCCGGCGCUCGCGGGCGGCGUCGUCGCCGUCUGGGCGGGCUACAAGUGGUACGAGGCGCGGUGGUUCUCGACCAGAACCAGCAAGCUGGACGGGAGCACCUUCUGA